AUGUCUCGGAAACGUCCCAUCGCUAGCGCUAAGCGCACACGCACUGCGCGGACCUUUGAUGAGGUACCGAAGAAAUCAAAGGUGGUGCUGCUGUCUUGUGGGUCUUUCAACCCAGUGACAAAUAUGCACCUGCGCAUGUUUGAACUGGCAAGAGAUCACCUGGAGGACACGGGACGGUAUGAAGUGGUGAAGGGGAUCCUGUCACCAGUGGGCGAUGGCUACAUGAAGAAAGGCCUGAUCGAGGCCAGCCAUCGGGUGGAAAUGGCCAAGCUGGCGGUAGAGAGCUCCAGCUGGAUUGAGGUGGACAGCUGGGAGAGCAGGCAGGCCGACUGGCAAGAGACAGUCAAAGUGCUACGGUGA